UGGAGAAUAUCAAACAAGACGUCAAAGGGUGCGGAGAGCCAUCGUGUCGGAAUCGUGUGCACGAAAUGUGUACAAAGGGGACUGGCGUCUGGCGAUAUUCUUUUUUUCAGUGUUGUUCUGCAGGCAAGGGGUUAUGCUCUACAAAUGUAUGACGGAGCGAUAGAGUACAAACAUGAGAAGGACCAACAUUGGAGCGGACAGCGCAAAUACAGUAGCCUCUUGAUAAAGUAAAACUAAAAUUUUGGACGAGCAAGCGAACUUUCAGCGCACUGCCGUUCAUCUUUCAAGCUUGCAGACCAAUUUCGGAGCAAGGCGACUUCAGCCAUUUCUCGGACUGAGGAACUGACGUUUUAGAAUCGCACAGUCUGGGCGCCAUGGUGACCCUCCUGUGGAUGGGCGUGUCCCUGCUGCUGCUGGCGCAGGUGGGCGGGGCCUUGCGGAACUGCCACCCGGGCUGCCGCUGCGAGGUGGAGAGCUUUGGCCUGUUCGACAGCUUCAGCCUGACCAGGGUGGACUGCUCCGGGCUGGGCCUGGGGGAGGCGGCCCGCCCCGUCCCCAUCCCGCUGGACACCGCCCACCUGGACCUCUCGUCCAACGCCAUCCGCUCCCUGUCCGCCGCCCUGCUCUCGGGCCCCGGCUACACCACGCUGGUCAGCCUGGACCUCAGCUACAACCUGAUCGGCGCGGCGGACGCCGACGCCUUCUCGCGGCUGCGCUACCUGGAGACGCUGGACCUGAGCAACAACGCGCUGGAGAGCCUGCGGGACGGCUGCUUCGCCGGCCUGCCGCUGACCGAGGUGGACCUGAGCGGGAACCGGCUGGCCGAGCUCCGGCUCGCCGUCUUCUCCGCCAAGGGCCAGGGGGGCCGCCCGCUCAGCGUGGACGCGUCCGGCAACCAGCUGACGGCCGUGACGCGGGGGGCCGGGGGCGGGGCGCCCGAGCUCCAGAGCCUGACGCUGGCGGGGAACCGGCUGAGCGCCGUGCCGGACGCCCUGAGGGGCACGGGCCUCCGGUACCUCAACCUGGACGCCAACCCCGUCGCCGAGUUCGGGGAGGGCGCCUUCGCCGGGCUGGGGGAGCUGACGCACCUGUCGCUCGCCGGCCUGGAGGAGCUGCGCGCCGUCCGGCCCGGGGCUUUCCGGGGCCUCCCGAACCUGCAGGUCCUGGACCUGUCGGGCGCCCCGCGCCUGACGGAGCUGGACCCGGAGGUCUUCGGCGGGCUGGGCGCCCUGCAGGAGCUCAACCUGUCGCGCUCGGGCGUGGCCUCCCUGCCCGAGAGCAUCCUGAGCCACCUGCCCAGCCUGAGGAGCGUCACGCUGGGGGCCGACGUGCACUGCUGGAAGACCCAGCGGCAGGGCCAGUUCCACAGGCAGCUCGGCCAGGCCAAGAGCGACCAGGUGCUCACCUGCAACGUGGCCGCCCCCGCCGCCGUCGUCUUGUGAGGUCGACGGGGGGGGUGGGGGUAGGGGGUGGGGUCGCGCUAACGAGAGGGACCCAGAUCUGUGCCUUUUUUCUUCCCCCAAAUCGCUCUUACGCUGAAGAAAGUAACUUAUUUUUUUUUUGUUCCAUUCCUGCAAAACUUGAGCAUUACCUUGUGUGAUGUAACGUUUAUGCGUAAUUCCACAAAGACAAAAAAAAAUGUAUCUUUGCACAUAUUCCCUUAGGCCAACACACCUCCCUGGUGUUGCUCAGAGUUACGGUUUCACUGAACCCAGAAAACAAAUCAUCCAGUACACAUUACGGGCGCUCUGGAGGAAGGGGAUCCCACGUCAUAAAUAUUGAAUGUCAAGCAAUCACGGUUGCACACAAUUUUUCUUAAUGUGAAACACGCACGUUGAUGUUUGUUUAUUAAGCCCAGAACUGUAACAGUAUUAAUUUAUUGACAAGUUCAUCAAACUUGUUUGCUACAAUGGAGAGCAGUGUGCACACACAAAAACUUUUUUUUUUUGAUCAAUGUAACCAAUCCUUCCAAAACAGAAUAACAGAACCUUUUUUUUAAGUGAAAUGCGUAUUUCCACUGAAGCAAGUUUAAGGGCGGGAGUUGUGAAUAAUGCACUAAACAUCAAGAAUCUGUGGCAUUUCCAGAACAUUUCUGUUACAGUUGCAUCGACUGUAAGCACGGCAUAUCAAAAGCACUCAGCAUAUGAGUCGCUUGCUUGCGUUCAUUUAGCAUACCUAUACCCGUUUGUAGCGCUAACCACUGCACCCUUUCUCCAGCCUUAGGACUGUGUUAAUAUUGCAAGCGUUCCUUCACAAAUAAUUGGGUUACUGGUCUGUACAAGAAAAAAAAAAAAACACGCAAUGGUAAUGUAAGCAUAGCAGAAUAAGCCACAUGUAGGUGAAGGACUAAAUAUGUUUUUAUUUGUUUUCCCAUCUGAGAAUGACCAGUAGUUAACACACUGCAGCUUCCAUGUGGUUAUGGAGUGUGUUGCAAGAAUAAUGCAGACACCGUUAUAAUCACAUGUGGCUGUGGUGUAGGGAGCAAACAGGCCUGUUUUGGACCAGAUAGGACAUUUUUAUGUAGUUAAAAUCGCUUUGGGUCCCCUGGUUGAUUUGGAAUUCCUUUGUAACGUUGUAAAAGGUGGAUAUGGUGAGAGGUUUUCAUAUGUACGGCUUCAUAGCCAACAAUUUCCACGACAGUGGCUUUACUGUGUGCAAUCUGCUGCUCCCCUCUGCUCUCCUAGAGCACAGUCAUGUUACUGAUGGUCCUUUCAAGCGUGUGUUUCUGUGUACACUGCAUGCGUGUGUGUGUGUGUGUGUGUGUGUGUGUUUGUGUAUGUAUGUGUGUGUAUGUGCGUAUAUGUGUGUGUGUGUUCGUGUAUGUGUGUGUGAGAGACAGAGAGGCUGUGAGGCUUAGCUUUUUUUAACCAAUGUUGAAUGGGGCCACUGCUUCCAAAAACUGAGGGUCCAGGUCAUAUAUUUGUCAGAGGCUGCAGUGAACUGUGCCACAGCAAAUCCUGCUCUCUGAGGAAAACGAUAUUGCACCCUGGGCUAGCUGUGACAAAGUGAAAUGAGUUUUUCCCCUCCGGAUUAUCUUAAAUUUCACUGAACAAGAACAGUUGUUUGUUCAAAUGUGGUCUCAAGUUUUGGCUCUCCGAAGGCUGCUAUAUGUCCAAUAACUGACUUAACACCUGGAAAGAAAGUAAAAAGAUGAUUUUGGAUAUUACUAGAAAAAAAAAAAUUCUGUAUAUUACACAGGCUUUUAUAUUCAACAGGGCAACAGAAUGGAUCUUUUACUUCUUUUACGAAAUAUAAUUUGAGGAUUGGUCAGUCCAUACGUAACAAUGCAGCAUAUGCAACUCGUGACAUGACACUUUGCUAUCUGAAGCCAGUUUUAAAAUCCAAUACAAAUAAGCACUGGUAAAUUAAACAUUUACACCCUGAGCCCUUGUGCUAAAACUUUUCUGCUGGCAGAAAAACCACACGCGUGUAAUAUUUGUAAGGAAAACAAAGGCAAUAAUAAACAGCUGUCUGUCAUCUUUGCUUUCUUGGCAGCCGUGCCAUUUCUGAAACCCUGAUACGACAAUCAGCUUCACGUCUGCAACGGAGUUCCUUCAGACAAACUGUCCAACACUUUGAGCAGCGACUUUUGUAUGCGGACAUCAGCAUUAUCACGCAGUAUGUAACAGGAUGUUUAAUACGAAAGAUUAAAUGUCUAUUCUCACGUU